CUCAGGGUUGGCCCGGCACCGGCACGGCCACGUUACCGAGAGACCCUUCAAAUGCACCAUCUGCCCCAAGACCUUCACGCAGUUGGCUGGGUUGUUGGGUCACCAACGCAGCCACCCUGCCACCCUCCCCCCUGAGGUUCCUCACCCCCCAGCAUCAUCCCAACCUACCCCAGAACGUCCUUACCAAUGCACCGAGUGCGGCAAAGCCUUCAAGGGUUCCUCAGGGUUGAGGUACCACAUGAGGGACCACACCGGCGAGCGACCCUACGCCUGUCCCCAGUGCGGCAAGGCCUUCAAACGUUCAUCCCUUCUCCAGAUCCACCAACGGGUUCACACGGGGCUUCGAGCCUUCGAGUGCUCCCAGUGUGGUCUCACCUUCAAGUGGGCUUCUCACUACCAGUCCCACCUCCGGCAGCACACCGGUGAGCGACCCUACCGUUGUCCUGAUUGUCCCAAAGCCUUCAAGAACACCUCCUGCCUCCGUCGCCAUCGCCAGCUCCACACCGGCGAGCGGCCUCACGCUUGUCCUGUCUGCGGCAAAGCCUUCGCCCAAGCCACCAACCUCCGGCAACACCAGCGUGUCCACACCGGUGAGCGACCCUACGCGUGUCCUCAGUGCGGCAAGACCUUCACCCACUCCUCCAACCUCCAGCUCCAUCGUCGUACCCACUCAGCUGCCCGGCCCUACCGUUGUCCUCUUUGCCCCAAAGCCUUCGUCAUGGCCUCCUACCUCCAACGUCACCUCCGUACCCACACCCCGGCUCCUCGGGGGACACCCCGACGUCUCCCAGCAGCUCCCACCGAACCCCAGACCUUCUUGUUGGUACAGACCUCUCAGGGGUUGCAGCUCAUCCCCAGCCCACCAGCACCACCACAGAAGGUCCUUCUGCUGCCCACCCCACCGGCUGAGCCCUCAACCUUCACCCUUCUGCCCACAGAAGGUCCUUCACCUGGGCAGAACAUCCUGGUGGUUCCCAGCACGGGGCAGGCAGUGGCUGGUGUCCAGCUCCAGGCGGUGGCAGGGACACUGCCAGGGUCCAGCAUCAUCCUCCAAACCCUUCCACAACCCUUGGAGGUCACCAACAUCCAGCUCCAAGCUGCCGAGGUGACAAAUGUCCAGCUCCAAGCCACGGAGGUGACAAGUGUCCAGCUCCAAACCCUUCCACAACCCUUGGAUGUCACCAACAUCCAGCUCCAAGCUACCGAGGUGACAAAUGUCCAGCUCCAAGCCCUGCCACAACCCUCCAAGGUGACCAAUGUCCAGCUCCAAGCUCUGCCACAACCCUUGGAUGUCACCAACAUCCAGCUCCAAGCUCUGCCACAAUCCUCAGACAUCACCAACAUCCAGCUGCAAGCCACCGAGGUGACCAAUGUCCAGCUCCAAGCUCUGCCACAACCCUUGGAUGUCACCAACAUCCAGCUCCAAGCUGCUGAGGUGACCAACGUCCAGCUCCAAGCCCUACCACAACCCUUGGAUGUCACCAACAUCCAGCUCCAAGCUGCUGAGGUGACAAAUGUCCAGCUCCAAGCCCUGCCACAACCCUCCAAGGUGACCAACGUCCAGCUCCAAGCCCUACCACAACCCUUGGAUGUCACCAACAUCCAGCUCCAAGCUGCUGAGGUGACAAAUGUCCAGCUCCAAGCCCUGCCACAACCCUCCAAGGUGACCAACGUCCAGCUCCAAGCCCUACCACAACCCUUGGAUGUCACCAACAUCCAGCUGCAGACCACCGAGGUGACAAAUGUUCAGCUGCAAGACCUGCCACAACCUUCCGAGAUCACCAACAUCCAGCUCCAAGCCCUACCACAGCCCUCAGAGGAGCCCAGCAUCCAUCUCCAGGCCACGGAGGUGCCCAGUGUCCAUCUGCAGACCACGGAGGUGGCAAAUGUCCAUCUCCAAACUGCCGAGGUACCCAACAUCCAUCUCCAAGCCCCAGAAGUGUCCAAUGUCCAUCUCCAAACCACAGAGGUCCCCAGUGUCCAUCUUGAGGCCACAGAGGUCUCCGGUGUCCAUCUUGAAGCCGCGGAGGUGCCCGACAUCCACCUUGAAGCCACAGAGGUCCCCAGUGUCCACCUUGAAGCCACAGAGGUCCCCAGUGUCCAUCUUGAGGCCACAGAGGUCCCCAGUGUCCAUCUUGAGGCCACGGAGGUGCCCAGUGUCCCUCUCCAGACUGCAGAGGUGCCCAGUGUUCAUCUCCAGGACGCAGAGGUGACCACUGUCCAGCUGCAAGCCACUGAGGUGACAAAUGUCCAUCUCGAGGCCACAGAGGUGCCAAGUGUCCAUCUCCAGACCACUGAGGUACCCAGUGUGUGUCACCAAACCACUGAGGUGCCCAGCGUCCAUCUCCAAGUCACUGAGGUGCCCAGCGUCCAUCUCCAGACCACGGAGAUGACUGAUGUCCAUCUCCAAGACACUGAGGUGUCCAGUGUCCAUCACCAAAUGAUGGAGGUGCCCAGUGUCCAGCUCAAGACCAUGGAGUUACCUAACGCCCAACUCAAGACCACAGAAGAGGUGCCCAACAUCCAACUCAAGACAAUGGAGGUACCCAGUGUCCAGCUCAAGACCAUGGAGGUGCCCAGUGUCCAACUCAAGCCCACGGAGGUGCCUAAUGUCCAACUCAAGACUGUGGAGGUGCCCAAUGUCCAACUCAAGACCGUGGAGGUACCCAAUGCCCAACUGAAGACCAUGGUGGUACCCAACAUCCAACUCAAGACCAUGGAGGUACCCAGUGUCCAAUUGAAGACUGUGGAGGUUCCCAACGCCCAACUCAAGCCCAUGGAAGUAUCAAACACCCAACUCAAGUCUACGGAGAUGCCCAACAUCCAACUCAAGCCCAUGGAGGUUCCCAAUGUCCACCUCCAGGCUCCAGAGAUGUCCAACAUCCAGCUGCAGCCCCCUGAGAUGCUCCUGGCAGGGGGGAACCCAUCCCCUUCCCCGUCCCCACGGCUGGCGCUG